AGAGAGGCGAGAGUAGAAAUAUAAACACCAUCCGUAGAUUGUGAUGUCGUGAAAUCGUUGAUUCCGAUCGCGACGGUUGUUCAGAUCGUUUCGGAUUAAGUUGAAAGUGCUCGUUCGACCUAAAAGUGCUUUCGGGAAGAUACCGGGAGAAUGUUUCUGCAAUCGACGAUUUUCACCAUAUUUCUUAGCAGCCUUGCGUUAUCAGCCACUCCCGAUGUAGAGCUGCAAUUGCUUCACGUGGUAUUUCGUCAUGGUGAUAAAGUGCCCCAUCGAGAGUUUCAAAAUUAUCCCAAUGAUCCAUAUCGCAACUAUUCUUACUAUCCAAUGGGAAACGGAGACCUGACCAAUCAAGGCAAGAUGCGAGAAUACAAAAUUGGGACAAUGUUGCGCGAGAGAUACGAUCAAUAUUUCGGACCGGAUUAUUGGCCGUCCAAGAUCUAUGCCCGAUCUAGCGAAGUCCCGCGGACUCAGUUGUCUCUCCAGUUAGUUCUGGCAGGAUUAUUCCCGCCCUCCGAGAAGCAAACCUGGAAUCCGCACUUGCCCUGGAUUCCGACAUGGACGUUCUUCGUGCCAUACAAGACUGACAACCUCUUGUUUCCGCAUUACUGCUAUCGAUACAUAGAAGAAUAUCAACGGUUCCUUCAACUAGAUGCGAAAGAGAUAAUUAAUAAGUACAAGAAUAUAAUGGAUUACUUGACGGAUCACACUGGUAAACUAAUCAAUACUACGGAAGCAGUUGGUCAUUUAUAUAAUCUACUGAAAGAGGAGAGUGCACAAAAUUUGACACUGCCAAAGUGGACUCAAAAUGUUUUCCCAAGUCCGAUGAUAGAGUUGAUAGAGUUAGACUUCAAACUUCGAUCAUAUACAAAAACUUUAAAAAGAUUAAAUGGAGGCAUGCUGCUUCGUAAAAUAGUGGAUGACAUUCAAGAGCACCGAAUAGGAAAAUCACCACGUGAUAGAAAAGCUUUUCUGUUUGGUGGCCAUGAAUUUAAUGUAGCUGCUCUUGCCUAUACUUUAGGAACAAACGAACCAACAGUACCACCUUAUGGUGCUACGAUCAUUUUAGAAACUCUCCGAGACAACAAGGGAAUUUAUUACGUACAGGUUUUAUUAUGGUCUGGCGUUACGGAACAAUUGAAAGUACAGAAAAUCCCAGGCUGCGCAGAGAUAUGUCCCUUUGAGGACUUCCUUAGAAUUGUGAAGGACGUUCUGCCGAGUGAUGAUGAGUAUUACUGUCGUUGGGAUAAAACAGAGGAUCUUAAAAAAAACAUACAUCAUCGAUCGUCGGCAGCAUGUAUCGCCAAUGACAAAACUUCGUGGUACAUCUUUCUCACCGUUCUCUUCGCAUUUACAUCAAAAUUCGUGCAAAAGUGAUUUUUAUCAAUAUAGUCAGAAUUCUAGAUACUUAUUCUUUUUUUUCUGCAGAAAAAGAUAAGAGCACAGCUACAUGUCCUUAAGUUAAAAGGAAAUAGUUGCGAAAAUCGACGCAGUACGCGUUCUGACCAAUAUCGGAAAUACUUUGCCGAACUAUGAGAACGUUCGGGAAGCCCAACGAGGUUGUGGCUAUGCGUUUCGCUGCAUGUGCUGCGGUUACCACGUUAAUGCAUUUUACCGCACGCGUUGUUACACUGUCGCGUUAUACACAGACCACUGUAUAUAUGUAAAUAGCUAUCGGUAUAUCAAUUUCAUAGUAGUCGAUAUCGUAUUCAUUUAGAAAUAGACAUCUCUCACUCAUAGACACGUAUCACCAAGAAUAUAAAUACUGUAAAACGUGUCUAAAUUCCUAAA